UCUCAACAAACAACACCUACUGCAACUCGUAUCCUUCUUAUGGAGGAACAGAUUGGUGUUUUUAUGCUUUAGUUGUCUGUGAGGAAUCAUAUUCAGAAAUAACCAUAACUUUCAGCAAGUGCAUUUAAAACAGGUAGGGCAAACCUGAAUGGAACAGUAUCCCAAAAGGUAUUUCUUCAGAGCGCAAGUGGUUGCUGAAUGUUUUUGCAUGUGUGCGGUGGACAGUGGUACUCUCAUAAUUGUGAAGUACUACAGCAAGUAACUGUAAGUCAAUGUCAGGACCAUAAUUGAAGCAAAUAAAAGUAGUUGUCUGGAAAACUUCCUGUAGCAGAGAAAACAUGGUCCGUCUGAACGUGGAUCUGAUUGCUAAAAGCAGCAUUCACAUAAAGAACAGAAGGGAUGAGCCACUUGGGCAGUAUCUGAAGAAACUUACUCACCUUAAUUUUUCUAACAAGAACAUUGAAAACAUUGAUGAUCUCUCCUUGUGCAGAAAACUCACUGUUUUGUACUUGUAUGACAAUCAAAUAACGCAGAUCUGCAACUUGAGUUUUGCUUCGAAUCUCACACACCUGUACUUACAGAACAACAACAUAACACACAUAGAAAACCUGUCGUCACUACAGAGGCUCUCCAAGUUGUACCUUGGAGGUAACUGCAUCACUGUAGUGGAAGGGCUGGAAGGGCUAGGAGAACUGCAGGAGCUGCACAUUGAGAGUCAACGACUUCCCCUUGGAGAGAAGCUGCUGUUUGAUCCCAGGACCCUCCACUCGCUCUCAAAAUCUUUGUCAGUUUUCAAUGUCAGAAACAACAGCAUUGACGACAUAAAAGAAUUGGUCAUUCUGCGGAACAUAACUCAAUUUUUCGGUGAAGAUAAUAAGAUUCAAAAUUUGAAGGAGUUAGAAUUGGUUUUUAGCCAAUGGUCUUUACUCUGGCGGAUGGAUUUGAGCAGAAACCCUGUGUGUAAUAAACCAAAGUACAGAGACACAAUUAUAAUGACGUGCAAAACUCUUGAGGUUCUUGACGGGAAGGAUAUAAAUGAAACAUCCAGACAGUUUCUUAUGAACUGGAAAGCUUCAAAAGAGGCCAAGAAGAGAAUCAAGGAUGAAAGACUAAGAAGUGCACCUGGAGCCUUCUCAAAUCCUGUUGAGUUUCUAAUUGGCAAACCACGUGUUCCGAGGAAGCAUUUAGAGUUUGUUCUGGAUAAGCCACACAACCUGCCCAGUUCUGUUGGGGACCAGGGUGUGAGACAGCCUUUACCAGGGAGGCUGGAUCGCAGACAAUUCCAUGGCAAUGAAGUAAGACAUCUGAGUUUGAAGAAGCCCCAGUUUGCACUUGCAGGGCAGGAUGUAUCUGAGCCCCCCUCACUCCUCACUCAAGUGUCUCUGUGACCACUUUCAAGACCACAGAUGUACGUUCUAAUUAGAUUAGUGUCUUGUUUAAGGAAUGCAAAAAUUCUUAUUAUUUUCUUAUUAUCCUCAAGAUUUUAUGAAUAUCUUGGAAAUAAAACUUAAUAAAACAUAUGUCAAAGGCAUAAGGCAAUAUUCUAAAUUUCAUUGAACACUGUUGACCACCUUUUAUCAGUGUGCCAUUAAAUUGUCUUAACUGUGAAAUACACUGUCUAUUACAUUAUACACCAGUUUUGCUGUUCUGUCUUUCAUUGCAAAAAUGUCUGCAGUUUAUUUUGAUUUUUUUUUUAAACUCAAGAAGAGGUUGUGUAAGUAAAUGAGAUUACAGUUCUUUAAAAACACCAAAUACCUCGGUAUUUACUCAAAUGAUGGAUUUGCCUUGUGUCUGCGGGUUCUGCUGCAGAGGAAUUAAGAAAAAAAUGGAGAGACAUAAUUAAUUUAUUAUAAUGUUUGCCUUGUUAAUGUAAUAUUAUGUUUUGAAAUUACAUCGUUGCACAUGUUUAGGAAAGUUGAAACACUGUCUCAAAUUGCUCACAUGAACUUUGUUUACGUUGUUAAUAAAUCCUAAAGUUGACUUUCUGAGCGGUUGAUGCUAUCAAAAGGCAAUGCUUUGCUUCCUGUUCCAGAUGUUUAAAGAUGAAUGGCUGAGAUGUGAUAAUCCAAAUGUAGUGGUUAAUAUUAAACUGUUUAUGCACAGUAUGCCUUCUUAAUUCAAGACUGCUUAAAGUGUUAAACUUUUAGAAAACAAAUGUCCUGAAACAGAGUUUUUUAUUUUGACAGUGAUUUGUAUUAAAAUCCGAUAUUCCUUCUGACGGUUAGUUGUUACAUGUGAUUAAGCACAUUCUACAAAAAUAAACUUUUAAAAGAGA